UUUUUCGUUUCUUCCUCCAUUUCUUCCUUUAUUUCUUCCUUCGCACAGAAAAUCAAUCUAAAAUCCACAAUUAGAGACUUUAAACACCCAAAGGACAUUUAAACACCCCGCUAAGAUAUUUAAAUCCCCCGCCACUCAGCUGUUGUAUCUCUCUCUCUCUCUCUCUCUCUCUCAGGAGGUUUGUUGACAGAAGGUUCUUCCCACACCUGCUCACACCUAUUCAGCGCGACACCUGUUCAUAAUGAGUGGCAGGACCAGACCCAAGCACCUGCAAAUAGUGACACCUGAAGAGGAGCUGGAGAACCUGAAGAACGAGGUCGGCGUGCUGCACCGUGCCGUGGAGAGCAAGAGUGCUGCUGUGGGCAUCCUGAGGGCUGAGCUACAGGAGUGCCAGAGAGAGAGGGACAAGUUCCGAACAUUAGCAGAACAGGGUGGAGGCACAACACUGCACCGCUCCCCAACCCUGGCCCCGGCAAAGGCAGCGUUGGGGGACCCUGGGCGCUCUGCAAUGCUAAGUGGAGCUGACGGCACUUUGGCUCAGCUGUUGUGUCAAGCUAAGGAAGAGAACCGUAUGCUAAGACAGGAGGCCACUGAGCUGAGGUGUCGACUGCAUGAUGCCCAGGCCGACACCAAGGUGCUGCGGGAGGAGGUGCAGCGGUGGCGGGGAGGUGGGGAGGGCCGGCGUGGCAGCCAGGCCAACACGGCACUCACCCAGCUGGCACUGCAAGAGCGGGAGCAGUUCAUAUCACAGAUGGAGGAGCUCAGUGCCAAGUGCCAGGCGCUGGAGGGGGAUGUGAGGGGCCUGGUGGAGGAGCGGGAGGAGCUGGUGAGGGAGCUGGAUGCCACUCACCACAAACUCCACCGCCUCAAUUUCAUCCUCAACACCCUCCUCAACUCCCCCCACCACCCUGCUGCUAACACCACCAGCACCACUAACACUGCAUCGUCCUCGGCUAAUGCUCCUGUGCCUCCCAAGCGUAUUGUUGACCUCGAUGGUAUUAUCACGGAGAACAGAUACCUGCAGCAGAGACUCAAACAGGCUGAGGAGGAGGUCACCCUGGCUAGGAGCAAUUCUUUCAAAUACAAGUCAGCCCUGGAGAGAUGUCGGUCACAGGGAUCCGUCAAGCUUGGCACCUCGGAAAAUCUCAUCGUCACCCCAAAGCAAGUGAGUGAGCUUCUGCAGGAGUACCGCGGGGAAGUGGGCGGCCUGGCGGAGAGUGACCUGCGCUCCCUGUGUGUGGCACUGGUGGAUGCCCUUGGCCAGCGUUCCAGAGCCCUACGCACCCAACGCUCCGCCAACAGGGUCCUCGUGAACCGUGUAAACGAACUGGAGCGUCGCCUUAUUGACCAGAACAGCCAGCAAGGAAACACCAGUGUGGGGAGCGACCAGCGGGCAGAGGAGGCCAUGUCGGACCUUCCACUGGCCACGCAGGAGCUCAUGGAGGGGUACACACCCCCUGCUGGUCGUGGGGGCUUAGCGUGGGUCAAGGAGGAAGAUGCAUCUCGUGACCCCAGAUUAUCGAAAUUCCUUGGACGUUUUUCCUCGUCUCAGCCUCCUGUGCAGAGAGAGACGGGUGAUGGCGGGGAUGCAGAGGCACAGCCGACUGGAGAACAGGAGUACACAGGUGAUAGGAACAUGGGCAGCGGAGCAAAGCGAGACACGAAGGAAAACACAGACAGGACAAACGAUAGGGAAAAUGAAAGCACGAGUGAGAAGAGCAAGGAUCAGAACAAGACAAACAAUACUAAUAAGAGUCACAAAGAAAUUAUCAGAGAGGAAGAGGAGGAGGAGGAGGAGGAGGAGGAGCAAGAGGAAGACAUCCCUCUCCUUGCCGCAGACCUCCACCAGCCUCAGAGACCCACAGAUGAUGACCUAGAGGAGAUAGUGCCCCUGGACCAGCUGGACGCAUACAUUAAGGAGAUGCAGAUGAAAAGGCGACGCUCAGCACACAAAGGGAAGGCGGAGAAGAGGAACGCAAAGAACGAAAAGGCGGAAACUGACGAACAAACAAACCUGAAGGAGAAGGAAACUGAGGCAGAGAAGGACGUGGAUCAAGGAAUUAGAGAGACAGAAGUGCGACAAGAAACAAAUGCACAGGGAAAAGCGAGCAAAGACGAGAGAAAGGAAACAAAAGAACAUAGACAUGAAGUACACGAGAGCAGCAGAGGAGAAGCAGAGGGAGAGACAACAGAACCAGACGAAGAGAAGAAAGACCCCAACGCAAAACAAGAAACGCACGAUAUAACAAACGAAGAAAAACAAAAAGCAAAUCAAAACACCACCAUCACAUCUUUAGAGAAAAACACCAAAGAGGACAAGGAGGAGGAGGGCGAUGAUGACGAUGAUGACGACAGCAUCGAUUUAGACCUCAGCGACUACGACAGCGACAACGACAACCUGGAUCUGGCGCUGAGAGAAUGGAAAAAUGACUGCGGAGGAAAGGUUGGAGGGGAGGUGUCUUCUCCAGUGCGGGGAGGGAAGAGGGAGAUGUUCAGGCUCUGGAAGAAAGAGAAGAGGAGCAGCGAUGAUCUGGAACUGCCUUCUGACCUCCAAGCACUCCUGGAUAAGGCAACUGCUGCGGCCAAGAUGGAGGACAGUGGCUGGACGACGUGAGGGCAAAAUAUCUCAGGAAUAGUAUUUAAAAAUUGUUGUGUUUUUUAAUCAGUUUUAUUUUUGUUUAGUGAUUCCUGUUGUUUGUUGCCUCUUAUUGUUUACAGUGUUAGUAUAUCAUUAUAAAUACACACACAUGUAUCAGUCUCUCGCUCUCUCUAUAACACACACACUAUUAAACAAAACACAAGCAUUAUUAAACUACUGCCAUCUCUAACUCUACCCAGUGCACACCAUGACCUCAAAUAUGUACACAAAAAAUACUGACACACACACACACACACACACACACACACACACACACACACACACACACACACACACACACACCACAUCACUUGCAAGAAA